AACGCUGUGAGCUCAUCAGUUGAAUCCAACAAAGUGCGAUAUCAAACGGUGAAAGCGAAGUAACGCAAACAAAUCUCGUCCUAAAGGAUAUAUUCAGUGUGAAAUACAGUGAACAGUGAAUCAGAAUCGUACUUUCUCAGUAAACAGUGAAAAUGUCGAUCAUCCCGAUUUUCUUCCGUAACUGGUGGGACAGCGAGUGGGAUCGUCCGGUGUGGAGUUCUCGUUUGAUGGACCAGCAUUUCGGCAGUGGUGUGACCGCAGACGAUCUUCUCAACGCUCUGGUAGCGGUGACCGACCGUCGUCUUCAGCCACAAGCCCAACAACAGCCGUGUCGUUACAGUCGGCAUAGCUCCUGUGUGGCCAGCAAGCGAGACAGCGCAUCAACGGUGGACGUCACUAAGGAUAAAUUCCAGAUCAACCUGGAUGUGCAACAGUUCACCCCGGAGGAGAUCUCGGUGAAGUACGUGGACAAUUCGGUCGUGGUGGAGGGCAAACAUGAGGAGAAACAGGACGAACAAGGCUAUAUCUCGAGACAUUUCGUGCGUCGCUACAUGCUUCCCAAAGGCCACAGUGAAGCGGACAUCGUUUCGUCUCUCUCGUCAGACGGUAUCCUUACCAUCACCUGUCCCAAAAAGGAAAUCGAGCAGAAAACAACAGAGCGCAGCAUUCCCAUCACACACACGGGACAGCCCAUGAAGCAAGUCACCGAAAAUGCUGCCCAACAAAAUGGCCAGAGCAAGAAGGAAGGGGAUACCAUGGAGUCAUAAUCUAUGCCACCGAU